UCCACACUCUCAAACAUUGUGCUUCAAGUUAUUGUAAUUGACGAAUUUUGAGGUCAUAUAACAAUAAAUAUUAAUCAUUUAAGAUUCUAUAUACCAGUUUUAUCGUUUAAAAGGGCAAUUGAGUGAUUUCUUAGAAGGAGUAUACAAAAGCCGCUUAAGUGCGGUGAUGGACUUGUUGAAGCAAUGGACCGAGCAAGCUAAGGUGGCCCUUACAGAAGCUCGUCAACUUUGUGGAGACGCUCAUGAAUACAAUGAAGAUGCAAAAAACUGCCUGAAAAACUCUGUUAAACAGCAUCAACAACUAAGCGAACUAGCUAAACUAACAGCUUCUCAAUGUGCCAGACUGGACUCUUCCACUUCCUUAAUAAAACAACUUUUAAAUCUUGUUCAAAAUCAUCCAACAUUUGGACAAUUAAAUGAUCUUCAUGACCGCUUAGAACUAUCGUUGAAAAGGCUUCGAGAAUGCGUUUUGGAUCCCGCUUUAGGAAGUGAGUAUCCCAAUCUUUAUUCGUUUGUCGAUGACGCAUCCCUGGAAGAUUUGAAGACAAGACUUCGAAGAGUCACAGACGGUGUAUGGAAUGCGUAUGAAAAGCUCUCUGGAUUGUUGGAAGAAGACAUAUGUGAACAAUACCACAUCCGGCUUGGAGCUAUCUCUUUAGACUUCUUACCUCCUGUGAACAAUGAUAUAGCGGAAACUUUGGCUGAAUUGCUUCUUCAGGUAGCUCAACAUUACGACCAAUGUUCUGAGGCUUUGACAAUUUAUUCCGGUCUUUCAGAUGUUGAGAAGAAGGAAUUGAUUGAGAUUUUGCGAUAUGAUUCAAAUCAUGUUCCUUCUGUGCUGAGGGAUCUUCGAACUGGCCUUGAAGAAACAAAGACUUAUCAUUCUACCGUUCUUAGAUACAAGCAAAACGUGGAUGCUAGCACGAAGAAACUUGAACAACUUGCAGAAGAGUUAAAUAAAAAUCAACUUACCAAUCGGCGUCAUGAAGCAGCGCAUGAGCUUAUGAGUGCUCACACCGGGUUGGAGAUACCCCAGUUAGCCCAAGAGCUGAUACAACUAGAAAGACACUAUACGCAAUUUGCAAAAUCCUAUUAUGCUCUCCUUCAAGAAAUACAUAGACGACAAGCUUACGAAAAGAGGGUACGCUCUGUAGUUGACAGUCUGGUAUAUAAGCUAGAACAAGAGCAGCAGACUGAAACGAAGGCUCGUAUCGACUUUUGUACACAGUACGGUGAUUAUUUGCCGCAAACAUUAUGGAAUGCGGUUACAGACCCACCUUUGCAUUUUGAGAUUAUAGAGCAUCAGUAUACUGAGCUACCAAAUGUAAAAUCUCUUGUCGACAGAAAAGCAAAAAGAGAUAAAGGCCAGCAACAAAACUCAACAAAGAGAUAAUGAAACGAGAAAUAAUGAUGAUCCCUUCUACAAUUCUUCACUUUUGAUUUCCUUUUUAUGUCAAAGCUAUAUAGAUAAGUUACGAUGAUUACUAUAAUUCUAUUCUUAUGAGAAAUUCAAUGAACAAAUACCCAAAUGAAAUUUUUAUGUAUUAUUAUAUCCUCUAUCCAUUAUCCAAAAUAAAC